AUGGACAGCACAAGCACGAAGGCAGAUGUUAUAAAGCCAGUUCUCCUCAGAGCUGGAAUUCCUCUUGCCAUUACCGUGGCUGGUUUCAUUGUUGCUCGCAUCACCACUAGAAAAAGUUCAAGUCGUCUAAACACUUCAUCAGCAGAAAAUGAAGCUAGUUCUCGUGGGGAGCAGACGGCUGAAGGCUGUUUCCCUGAUGUUCAAUCUAUCAAUUCAUCCUCUUUAUCCAGCUUGGACGCCUAUCAUUCUAUUACAGAUACCUCUAACCAGAACUCUGAAGAAGAAUUGCAACAUCAACAUAUAUUUGAAUUAGAAGAAGAAGUUUUGGUCUUAAGAAAUCAAAUAAAAGAUGUUCAUGUGAGAGAAUUUGAGCUGGAGGUACGGUAUCUUCGGUAUCAGGACAUGCAAGAGCAAGAACUGCUGCUUAUGGAGCUUCAGAACAAAUUAUUGUUGGAGAUAACAAGGGUCGAGCUCUUGGAUAAGGAAAUCUCAUCAGUGGAAGCAGAUAGGAAGAGUUUCGAAAGUGUGGUAGUUGAAUAUCUGAAAAUAUUGGAGCUGCUUGAAAUUUCCAGAUCAAGAAACAGAUUGCUUCAGAGGAAGGUUAAGAAGCUGUUGAGGAGAACAAAAGAACAUUCUCGAGUCAUAAAGCAGCAGCAUAUGCAGAUAGAAGCUAAAGAGGCAGAAAUUUGUAGAAAUCAUCAAGAGCUAGAGGCAAAGGCUAAUAUCAUCAGAAGAAGGGAGAAUGACAUCAAGGAACUAAAAUUGGCUCUUGGGCAACUGCAAAUGGAGAUAGAUGAACUAUCGAGACAGAUGGAGCUGGCAAAUACAGCAGCUUCAUCAAAGAUUGAUGCAGACGAGGCAACACUGGUAGAUUACGGACGAGUAGCAGCUAAUCCGGAACAGCUUGAGAAGGAACACGCAGCAGAAAUUAAAGAGUUGAUAUACCUAAGGUGGUGCAAUGCAUGUCUAAGGCAUGAGCUAAUGAGGAAGAACCUGGAACAAGAAGACUUACAGCAAAGGAAGGACCAGAGAGAGUUGAAUUUUGGAGAAAUUUCUAAUUUUGGAUGGGAAAAUGAACAUGAUCAUUCCAGUUGGGAUCACGGAGAUUCUUGCUUAAACUUGCCCACAACUGGUCAUGCCCAUCCUCGUUCCACACAGCAAAAGUUCAUUGACAAGUUCAGGAGAUGGGUGGAAGGGAGUGACAAGACAAAACAGAAAAUCAAAAAGAAAAAGAAGCAUAACGUCAGUCAUUCUUUGUUGCCUCAUGGUCCAGGUUAUCUGCAUAAUCCUGCAAGGAAGUCUUACUCAAGUUCCUGAAUAUGACUUCCCAAACUAACAAUGCUGAUCGCUCUCAAGAG